CAUCAAGAACGCGCCCGUCAGAGCGCGAUUCGAUUGGCUGGAGGGGAGGGCGGUGUCGGUCCACGCCCCAGAGUCAUCAGGCUGGCGCUGGCGAUUGCGCGUUGUGUGUGGCCUGGGUGAGGGCGGGGAGUCCUGGCUGUGUGGAUCUCUGACAGGUGAGGCGGGGGACGCCGAAGUCCAGCCGCCCCCCCCCACAGCGGAGUCCGAAACAGGCCUACCAGUCAGCUCUUGCUUCUGUUGGGUGUUUCCAUUCUCCACCAUGUUAAGAGCUAAGAAUCAGCUUUUUUUACUUUCACCUCAUUACCUGAAGCAAGUGAAAGAAUCAUCAGUCUCCAGGCUCAUAUGGAAGCGACUUCUACACCAGCAACAGCCCCUUCAUCCAGAAUGGGCUGCCCUUGCUAAAAAGCAGCUGAAAGGCAAAAACCCAGAACAGCUAAUAUGGCACACCCCAGAAGGGAUUGCUAUAAAACCCUUGUAUUCCAAGAGAGAUACUAAGGACUUACCUGAAGAACUUCCAGGAGUUAAGCCAUUCACACGUGGACCAUAUCCUACCAUGUAUACCUUUAGGCCCUGGACCAUCCGCCAGUAUGCUGGCUUCAGCACUGUGGAAGAAAGCAAUAAGUUCUAUAAGGACAAUAUUAAGGCUGGUCAACAGGGAUUAUCCGUUGCCUUUGAUCUGGCGACACAUCGUGGCUAUGAUUCAGACAACCCUCGAGUUCGUGGUGAUGUUGGAAUGGCUGGAGUUGCUAUUGACACUGUGGAAGAUACCAAAAUUCUAUUUGAUGGAAUUCCUUUAGAAAAUAUGUCAGUUUCCAUGACUAUGAAUGGAGCAGUUAUUCCAGUUCUUGCAAAUUUUAUAGUAACUGGAGAAGAACAAGGUGUACCUAAAGAGAAACUUACUGGUACCAUCCAAAAUGAUAUACUAAAGGAAUUUAUGGUUCGAAAUACAUACAUUUUUCCUCCAGAACCAUCCAUGAAAAUUAUUGCUGACAUCUUUGAAUAUACAGCAAAGCACAUGCCAAAAUUUAAUUCAAUUUCAAUUAGUGGAUACCAUAUGCAGGAAGCAGGGGCUGAUGCCAUUCUGGAACUGGCCUAUACUUUAGCAGAUGGAUUGGAAUACUCUAGAACUGGACUCCAAGCUGGCCUGACAAUUGAUGAAUUUGCACCAAGGUUGUCUUUCUUCUGGGGAAUUGGGAUGAAUUUCUAUAUGGAAAUAGCAAAGAUGAGAGCUGGUAGAAGACUUUGGGCUCACUUAAUAGAGAAAAUGUUUCAGCCUAAAAACUCUAAAUCUCUUCUUCUAAGAGCACAUUGUCAGACAUCCGGAUGGUCACUUACUGAGCAGGAUCCUUACAAUAAUAUUGUCCGUACUACAAUAGAAGCAAUGGCAGCCGUGUUUGGAGGGACUCAGUCCCUGCACACAAAUUCUUUUGAUGAAGCUUUGGGUUUGCCAACAGUGAAAAGUGCUCGAAUUGCCAGGAACACACAAAUCAUCAUUCAGGAAGAAUCUGGGAUCCCCAAAGUGGCUGAUCCUUGGGGAGGUUCUUAUAUGAUGGAAUCUCUCACAAAUGAUGUUUACGAUGCUGCCUUAAAGCUCAUUAAUGAAAUUGAAGAAAUGGGUGGAAUGGCCAAAGCUGUAGCUGAGGGAAUACCUAAACUUCGAAUUGAAGAAUGUGCUGCCCGAAGACAAGCUAGAAUUGAUUCUGGAUCUGAAGUAAUCGUUGGGGUAAAUAAGUACCAGUUGGAAAAAGAAGACGCUGUAGAAGUUCUGGCAAUUGAUAAUACUUCAGUGCGAAACAGGCAGAUUGAAAAACUUAAGAAGGUAUUAAUAGCUUUUUUUGUUUGUUUCUUUAGUAUUUUCUGUGUUCUGGGCACUAUUAAGCUUUAAAUUGUCCUGCUUAAU